CCGUCACUUCCUGCCGGGCUGCGGGCGCCGGAGCGGCUCUUCAGUGUUUGUGCCGGUAGCGGCCGCGUCUGGCUCGGCUUCCCCCUUCCUCCAGCCCCCGGCCCGGCGGCGCCUGCCUCCUCCGCGGCCACUCCGCCUUUUCCCUCCCGCCGUCCCUUCCUCCUCUUCCUUCCUCCUUUCCCUCCUCGCCGUCGCCUCCGCCGCCGCCCAGGACUGCCGGCCGGGAGACGAGUUCGGGGCAGCAGCCAGGAGUUUCCCAACCAGGUAACCUCUCUGAACCAAAACAACAUUGUUGCUGGAGUACUUGUUUUUAAGGUAGAACUUUAGACUUCAUAGCACUGAAUUAACCUGCACUGAAAGCUGUUUACCUGCAGUUGUUCACUUUUGUUGAAAGUGACCAUGUCUCAAGUUCAAGUGCAAGUUCAGAACCCAUCUGCCGCUCUCUCAGGGAGCCAAAUACUGAACAAGAACCAGUCUCUUCUCUCACAGCCUUUGAUGAGUAUUCCUUCUACUACUAGCUCUCUGCCCUCUGAAAAUGCAGGUAGACCUAUUCAAAACUCUGCUUUACCCUCUGCAUCUAUUACAUCCACCAGUGCAGCUGCAGUUCCUUCUAACAUGGCACACCCCAAAGAGAAAACCCCAAUGUGUCUUGUGAAUGAGUUAGCCCGUUUCAACAAGAUUCAACCUGAGUAUAAGCUUUUGCGUGAGCAAGGUCCAGCUCACUGUAAGAAGGCAGCAGAGUGGCAGCAGCGCCGACGGGGACAGUCCUGGAGAAAGGUGUUUACAGUACAGCUAACCCUUGGAGAUCAGCACUGGGAAGCUGAAGGAAGUAGUAUUAAAAAAGCCCAACACACAGCUGCUGCCAAAGCUUUGGAAGGAACAAAAUUUCCUAAACCUAUAGUCCGCCCUUUUCGUAGCGAAGGAAGGAAUCCAGGUAUUAUGCGUGGGCCAAGACAGGUUCCUUUCAAAAGUGUGUCUAGAGAAAGCAUAACCCCUACUGUAGAGCUAAAUGCACUGUGCAUGAAACUUGGAAAAAAACCAAUGUAUAAGCCUGUCGACCCUUACUCUCGGAUGCAGUCCACCUAUAACUACAACAUGAGAGGAGGUGCUUAUCCCCCAAGGUACUUCUACCCAUUUCCAGUGCCACCUUUACUUUAUCAAGUUGAACUUUCUGUGGGAGGACAGCAAUUUAACGGGAAAGGAAAGACGAGACAGGCUGCGAAACACGAUGCUGCUGCAAAAGCUUUGAGGACCCUGCAGAACGAGCCCCCACCCGACAGGCUGGAGGUGAAUGGAAGAGAAUCAGAAGAAGAAAAUCUCAAUAAAUCUGAAAUAAGUCAAGUAUUUGAGAUUGCACUUAAACGGAACUUGCCUGUGAAUUUUGAGUCUUUCCCUCUAAAACAGGUUGCCCGGGAGAGUGGCCCACCCCACAUGAAGAGCUUUGUGACCAGGGUGUCGGUUGGGGAGUUUGUGGGGGAAGGUGAAGGGAAGAGCAAGAAGAUUUCAAAGAAAAAUGCUGCUAUAGCUGUUCUUGAGGAGCUGAAGAAGUUACCGCCCCUGCCUACAGUUGAGCGAGUGAAGCCCAGAAUCAAAAAGAAAACAAAAUCCAUAGUCAGGCUACAAAGCAGCCCGGAAUACGGCCAGGGGAUGAACCCGAUUAGCAGACUGGCCCAGAUCCAGCAGGCAAAAAAGGAGAAGGAGCCAGAGUACCUCCUCCUCACUGAGCGAGGCCUCCCGCGCCGCAGGGAGUUUGUGAUGCAGGUGAAGGUGGGAAACCACACUGCAGAAGGAUCAGGCACCAAUAAGAAGGUGGCCAAACGCAAUGCAGCCGAGAACAUGCUGGAAAUCCUUGGUUUCAAAGUCCCACAGGCUCAGCCCACCAAACCAGCCCUCAAAUCAGAGGAGAAGACACCCAUAAAGAAACCAGGGGAUGGAAGAAAAGUAACGUUUUUUGAACCUGGCUCUGGGGAUGAAAAUGGGACUAGCAAUAAAGAGGAUGAGUUCAGGAUGCCUUAUCUUAGUCAUCAGCAGCUGCCUGCUGGAAUUCUUCCCAUGGUGCCCGAGGUUGCCCAGGCCGUAGGAGUCAGUCAAGGGCAUCACACCAGAGAGUUCACCAGGGUAGCUCCGAACCCUGCCAAGGCCACGGUAACUGCCAUGAUAGCCCGUGAAUUGUUGUAUGGGGGCACCUCGCCUACAGCCGAGACCAUUUUAAAGAAUAACAUCUCUUCAGGCCACGUACCCCAUGGACCUCUCACGAGACCCUCUGAGCAGUUGGACUAUCUUUCCAGAGUCCAGGGAUUCCAGGUUGAAUACAAAGACUUCCCCAAGAACAACAAGAACGAAUUUGUAUCUCUUAUCAAUUGCUCCUCUCAGCCGCCCCUGAUCAGCCAUGGUAUCGGAAAGGAUGUGGAGUCCUGCCAUGAUAUGGCUGCACUGAACAUUUUAAAGUUGCUGUCUGAGUUGGACCAACAAAAUACAGAGAUGCCAAGAACAGGAAAUGGACCAAUGUCUGUGUGUGGGAGGUGCUGAACCUUAUCUGGCCAUGAACCAUUGAAAAAUUCCAACAUAUAUACUGAAAAUACUGAAACUGCUUUGAAAAUUUGGAACUUCUGAUACCUCCAGUGGGCCGAGAGACACGAUGGGUAAAGGACUGGAGACAGCAGUGGUGAAGAAGGCGGGGCCCCGAGGAGGCAGCGGCAUGGCCGCUGGCCUGUGCUAUGGCUUCUCCUCACGCGGCAGCAGCUGCUGGGGGCCGGGCGGGCCUGCCAGGCACCCCAGCGCCACUGGGAAACCAGCGGGUCCACGCCCCAGGCACCCUAGCGCUUGGUUAGGGUGGGGGGUUUUUUUUUGGUUUUGUUUUUUGGGGGUGGUUUUUUUGUUGUUUUUUUUUCUUCUUGCUGUGUGAAAGAAGAAACAGAAAGCACGACCCCUUCUCAAACUGGCUCACUCAAACACUUUGGGACAAACCCUGGACACCACGCUGGAGAGAGGCCUUAGUCUGGCCCCAGAGCUGAAAGCACCAGAGAAAAUCAAAUGCUUCCUACUCAGCCUGAGCUGACCUUCUUGGCGUGCUCUGGCCCACACCUACCGCGGUACCCACACCGUCACCACUGCUCUCUUCCAAAAGAGAUACGUAUUCUUAGUUUCAUUAUUUUCUUUUGAUUGAAAUGACACUAUAAAAUUUUCAUUUGAGAGUUUCUCAGUUGUAUUUAGUUACAUAGCACAGUUUAGAAACUUGUCUGAGACUGACUUUAUCAGUAAUCUAACCGGCAAAGAUCAUAUCCGUGUGUAUGUGGUUAUACAUUUUUAUUUCAUUGGACUAACCCAGGACCAUUUCAGUGAUGCAAAUUGUGUGCCCUCUGGUUUAGCUGAAACAGUCCUGCACUUCUCAGAAACCUUGAUGAAGUCUCCCAUAGUUGUAUAAAUUGGACAAUUUAGGAAUUUUAAACUUUAAACGAUCAUUUGGUUCCUUUUCUAUUUUAUUUUUGUUAAUGCAACAGGACUUAAAACAAAUGAACUUUGAUCUUUGUUUUAAAGAUUAUUAAAUUGUGUGUGUAUAUAUAUAUAUAUAUAUAUACACAUACAUAUAUAUAUAUAUGACUCUUGAAGACACAUAGCUUUCACUACACUACAGGAUAUGAUCUCCAUGUAGCACAUCUACAACUGCAGAUUGAUUUUCCUUGAGUGCUUUAUACUGUUGAUUACAUCUCCAUGUAGGGCUGAAAAGAAUGACCCAUGUUUAUCUCUAUAACUGUGUUGCUUUUGAUGUCGUGUUGCUGUGCACAGAAAUGUGUGCAGCGAGGUCCUGCAUAUGGUCCAGAUGAAAAGCACGGUAGCCUUGCGAGUUAAGUACUGCUUCGAUUCAUUGUUUACGCUGGAAUUUUUUCUCCCCAUGGAAUGUAAGUAAAACUUAGUGUUUGUCACCAAUAAAUAGUAAUACUAAAUUUUUUUUGUUAAUUUAUUCUUAAAUGCCACUACUGCUAGGUUGGUCCCUCCCAACCUGCCCCCUAUCCUUUUUUUAUUUUUAAGAAAAAAAACUUUGUAAUGCUUGUGAUUCCAUUUGGGCAAAAUUCUGAAGCUCUGAAAUAACUUUAUAUCAAACCAUUGAUCAAUAAACAGCUACUAAUGAA